CUCAAGAGUCAACUAGUUACAAAUGCAGCGCUCCAUACUGUCCGCUCUUCUCCCGCGGCUCCCUUUGGGAGUCCGCGAGUUUGCCACGGCCUCUGCCGAUUAUAGCAUCGCCAUGAAGAAGGCAGCCGAAAUCACGGGAGCUGCGGAGAGCGCUAUGGGGCCAAAGGAGGGUGGCUUCACCGCUGGCGUUCCACUGGACACCUUCACGCGCAAGGCCCGCAUUUAUGCGCCUGCGCGCACUGCGUCGCAGUCGGGGCUAGCUCGCACAGUGGAUUUUGCGACUACCACCCCCGCGUGGAAGAUUGAAUUUGAGCCGACUGCUAAGUGGCAGAAUCCCCUGAUGGGCUGGACCAGCUCGGCGGACCCUCUGGAGAAUGUGGGCCGCUCCGCCCUCGUGUUCUACACUAAGGAGGAGGCGAUGCGCUUCUGUGAGAAGCUGGGCUGGGAGUAUGAGGUGACGGAGCCCAACAAGCGCCGCACGCAGCGCACCAAGCGGUACAUGCAGUACGGCGACAACUUUGGGACGAAGCGCGCCGGUGUUCCCGACCUGUCCACGCUGCCGUCCAACCGCGCCGCGGCCAAGUGAUGGCGUGAGCGCUGCUGAGGACGCGGCGCGGCUCCGCGGCGCGGUGAAGAGGAGCAGUGCAUGCGGCAAAGGCCUCUCACGCGUUUGGGCAUGUCGUUGCAACGGGAGCGGCUGCUUGCCCGAUGCAUGAUGGUGGUUGUGUAUGACGGUGAUUGUGAUCAUCGUAAGGCCUGCACAUGGGUCACCGAUGCGUGCGGUAUGCAGUGAGGGCUGGCACACGAGCAUGCGUGGCCAAGUGAGCGUUCUGGAGCUUAUUAUCUUUUAGGGAUGCGACACUGACCUGCGCAAGUGACCCCGUGCCCCUGAUAACGUUGGCAGAGUAUAGUACGCCGCAAUAAAAGUUGCAGGUAGCGACGAGGGUGAUGAUUCACCCUCUUGACUGGCACUGGUAGUCCCGUACUGAACGGCACAUAACUGGAAAGACAUUAAGCCUCUUUGUAUCUGUAAAGCACAGGGCGUAGGGCGUGUAGGGCGAAGGCGGUCCGUCACUGGACAGUGGCCACUCCGCGCGGGUGGGGCGCGGCGUCUGGACGACGUGGGGUGGCCUGUUGAGACCCCCCCCCCCCCCCCCCCCCCGAGACCAGGAGAAGAUGAAAAGGCCGCUGUGUCUGUAAUCAUAUCCUCAA